CAAAAAAAAAAAAUUAGUUAAUGUUACCUCUAUGUCUCUAUGCAUGGUGCACAGUCUCAAUUAGUCAUCCAAAACCUGAAAACCGAACCACAACUAAACAAAAAAAAACUGAGACCGAAAUUGGACCAAAAAUUGAAACUCGUGUUGGAAGCCGCAGAGUUAUUCAAAUCUCAGCAGGGUUUAUGAUAUUCUUCUCAAUGCUAGGCAAAUUUGGAGCUUUGUUUGCUUCAAUACCUUUCACCAUAUUUGCAGCUGUGUACUGCGUCUUGUUCGGUCUUGUUGCUUCUGUUGGACUCUCUUUCCUACAAUUCACAAACAUGAACUCCCUGAGAAACCUCUUCAUCACAGGCGUGUCUCUCUUCUUAGGACUAUCGAUCCCCGAGUACUUCAGAGACUUCGCCGUGAAGGCAUUGCAUGGUCCAGCUCACACCAACGCUGGUUGGUUCAAUGAUUUCUUGAACACAAUCUUCUCUUCUUCACCGAUGGUGGCGCUGAUGAUCGCAGUGUUCUUGGACAAUACUUUGGAUUACAAAGAGAGUGCUAAAGACAGAGGGUUGCCUUGGUGGGCUAAGUUCAGAACUUUCAAAGGAGAUAGCAGGAAUGAGGAGUUCUACACUCUCCCUUUUAACCUCAACCGUUUUUUCCCUCCUUCAUAAGUUUUGUUACAUGUUUGUGUUUUGACUCAGUUACUUGUGUUGUGUGUGACUUAUCAUCACCCAAUUAUUAUUUUUUAUCUAUUUGA